AUGACAGACGUUGCAGAGGCUGUUACUACUAUUCAAUCGUCGAAAGGAGUAUGGGAAGACUUUGUAGCUGGAAGGUUAGUAGUAGUUUCAUUACAUCCAGCGCAAGUUGCGGUUGGACAACCUCUGGAUACUAUAAAAACGCGACUACAAAUAGAAGCCACAAGAUUCAAAGGUCCUAUGGAUUGUUUCUUACAAACUGUUAAGAAAGAGGGACCUUUCGCACUUUAUAAAGUUGGGAUUGGAGCAGUAAAUGCGUUACUUUUUGCAGCUUAUUCGCGUUUAAAAGCAAUUCAGGCAGUCUCACCAGAUGAACAACUGGCACUUCAUAAAAUUGCAAUCGCUGGUGCAGGAGCAGGAGCUGUUAAUAGUAUUCUUUCAUCACCUGUGGAAUUAUUAAAGAUUAAAAUGCAAGCGCAAUAUGGAUCAAGCGAAGUAUCACGGUAUAAAGGACCAGUUGAUUGUGCACAACAAUUGAUUAAAGAGUUUGGAAUUCGAAAUGGAUUGUUUCGGGGAUUUUGGGCUACAGUGGCACGUGAAAUUCCGGCUUAUGCAGGAUUUUAUAGUGGAUUUGAAUUUGCUAAAAGGAAGCUUACACCAAUUGGGGGUAAUCCUAAUAAUCUUCCACCUUCGACGCUAAUGAUAGCAGGGUCUUUUGGAGGGAUAUGCUUUUGGUCGUGUUGUUACCCUUUGGACGUGAUCAAGUCAAAGGUGCGGCAUUAA